UGAGGCCUCUCCGCCGCCACCUGCUGCGGGUCCGCGUCCGCGCCGCGUCCAGACAUGGCUGGCAAAGCACACAGGCUAAGUGCUGAAGAGAGGGACCAGCUGCUGCCAAACUUGAGGGCUGUGGGGUGGAAUGAGCUGGAAGGCCGAGAUGCCAUCUUCAAGCAGUUCCAUUUCAAAGACUUCAACAGGGCUUUUGGCUUCAUGACGAGAGUGGCGCUGCAGGCUGAGAAACUGGACCACCACCCUGAAUGGUUUAACGUGUACAACAAGGUCCACAUCACCCUGAGCACCCAUGAGUGUGCAGGCCUGUCAGAACGGGACAUAAACCUGGCCAGCUUCAUCGAACAAGUAGCAGUGACCAUGACCUAGACCUGCCCUUUGAAUUCUUCAGGGGAAGGGGUGACUGAACUGGGAAUCCAAAAAGGGAACUCGGGAGCCCAAGGAUCUAGCUGCACUCAGAACUGUCAUGUUGACCCUGUGGCCUCUGCUUAGGGUGAGUCCUUGCUGUGGAAAGAGAAGCCAGCAUCUCUGCCAACACCAGGACCAUAGACCUUCGUCCCCCACACCGUUCUCUUCAUCCUUGGGGCUCUGUUACAUGUACACUAAUUUGAGUAAGAUCUUCCCUUUUAUAACUUCCAAGCAGUAAUUUUCUUUCUGGCCGUAUCUUGAUCUUUUCCUGUUUCAUUUCUCAAGAAGCUGAGUAGAGCUGUGUUCUAAGAUUGAUAAAGUCUCAUCGUAGAAAACAGGACCCUAAGUCAACCCCAUCCAGUAGUAACAGAAACACAUGCUUUCAUGCCUCAAAUAAAAAGUAUUGUUUCACUUGGCCUCAGGCUCUAGAAUCUUUUUCCAAGGUCAAUCCAAAGUGAAGCCAGUGGGCAUUUAAAGCACUUACUCUGCGCAAGACACUAUUCAAAGCCCUGGGGGAAGAGGAGCCCAGGCCACUCUGCCUUGGGGUUGUUCAUGAUCUUCUAGG